GGGGGAGCUUCAGUGUAGUGAAGCUUCAUUUAAUGGAGAGUAAUUGGUAGCUUAGCUCACUACAAUUUCUACGUAGCUUGCCCAACACUGUGUUCAGUCAUGUCAUUGUAGCAUUAGUAACCAUAGAGUGGUGAUUCUUCUCAUAAUAUAUAGUUGACUGAUUCAACAAAAAUAUCUCCAGAAACGUUUAUCUGUAUUAAACCGAUGACCAUCUCAUAUCUCAUAUUUAUUUGGAGCGAUAAAGAGAUGAGAUAGGUCUUCUUCUUCUUCUUUUGAGUUUUAUGGCGGUUGGCAUCCAUAAGUGUGCAUUACCACCAGCUGCUGGACUGUAACAGCUUCACAGUGUAAACUCUUUCCAGUGUGCACCCAAAGUGCUCCCGUGCCACAGUCCAUUCUACAACCCAGACCCAGCUGUCCGAGUCGGUGCUUCUCCUUCCCUCAACGUAACAUCUGGAUCUUCUCCAGAUGUGUCCACAACAUUCGAGAACCUUCUUGCAGCGUCCAGCACCAUCUUAAUCCUUUCCCACUUCCCCUUUAUUUCAGCAGCACAGUUUAUAACCAUGGCAACGAAUGCCAGAAAUCGUUUCUUGUCCAUACUGAUGCUCUGAUCAUCUCCAUUCCCUUUCUGCUCCUUUUCCUUUUGCACUGCCGCCAUUUCACCGUUCCUCUGCAUUCUCCUAGCAGCUGCAGCGUGUGACGAUCCCUUUUCUGCUCUGAUCUUGUUAAUUUUUACUUCCUUAAUUCUUUUUGGGCUCUGUGCUGAUCCCGUAUGGUGGUUUCCCCUCACAGUGCAGACACUUUGCACUCCUCCACAUUACAGUCAUCCUUCCCACAUCUCCCACAUCUCCUGCCUCCUCUUCAUCCUGCAGCAACAGCAGAAACACCUGAGAGGAGCUCUCUCAUACGGCCUCGCCCUGUAACACACACAAUCCAGAUCCACUCUUUCCGGCAACUCCCCCUCAAACAUCAAACACACCGAGUUACUGUCCUCCUCCUCCCCUUUUCUGAAUCUUGUCAGCCUUCUUGCCUCACACACACCUUUAACCUCCUGACAUGACUCGUCCUCCACCGUCAGCGGCAAGCCGCUUACUGCCCCCUUCUUCACUUCUGCUCCGAGUGGAAGCAGUCCACACCGCUGUGAUCUCCAAACGCACAGUCCGUGAUGACCACCCCACUUCCUGUUAUCCUGCCCGACCUCAUGUGGAUCCUUGAAAAUCCCGUCUGUUUGUAUCACAGAUACCAUCCCAACAAGACACGUCUGCUCUUUCUUCACCGUCUGACUGGAAUCACUUGCAUUAUUGCUCUUCUUUCUUUUCUUUUUCUUUUCAAAUCCUCUCGAGUCCUCGUUUCCAAUUUCGCGCUCCAUUUCCUCCUCCUCCUCCUCCUCCUCUCCGUUUUACUGUAAAUAUUAGUUGAGAUGAGCUAGGUAGACACGUAAAACGGUGAUGAAUAUUAAUAGCCAAAUACGCCGUUUCCAUGGUAAGACGUCAUCAGCACUCGACCAAACACAGCGGUCUAAAGGCGCGUUCAAAAGUCUUUUCAAAAACUCGUUUUAACGGAGAGUUAUGGACAAAUGUUAACAUUAAGUAUGACUUAGGGCAGCGUUAUAAAGGGGUCUGUGUGUUGCUGCUGCCAUGACACAAUCAGUUGUUGUCCAAGUUGGACAGUGUGGCAACCAGGUUGGCUGCAGGUUUUGGGACCUUGCUUUGCGAGAACAUGCCCAUGUCAAUAAAAAAGGAUUGUAUGAUGAGGCCCUCAGUAGCUUUUUCCGAAAUGUGGAUUCAAGGAAAAGUGAUGGGGGAGCCUGUGUCGGUGGGAGAAUCCAACAUCUGAAGGCCAGGGCGGUGCUGGUGGACAUGGAGGAGGGUGUGGUCAAUGAGAUCCUGCAGGGCCCAUUGAGAGAAGUGUUCGACAGCACUCAGCUCCUCACAGACGUGUCAGGUUCAGGCAACAACUGGGCAGUUGGACACAUGACGUAUGGCUCAACCUACAGGGAGCAGAUAGUGGAUAAACUGAGGAAGGCAGCAGAGCACUGUGACUGUCUGCAGUGCUUCUUUCUCAUUCACUCUAUGGGAGGAGGUACGGGCUCUGGCCUGGGGACCAGAGUCCUGAGCCUGCUGGAGGAGGAGUUCCCUGAGGUGUGUCGAAUUGUCACCUCCGUCUAUCCGUCUUCGGAGGAUGAUGUCAUCACCUCUCCCUACAACAGCGUUCUGGCCAUGAGAGAGCUCACUGAGCAUGCUGACUGUGUCCUGCCUGUUGAAAACCAGUCGUUGGUCGACAUUGUGAACAAGAUUAAGCAUAUGUCUCAUGGUGGAAAGCCAGGGUCGGUGAUCAAGAGAGACAGCACCAUCAUCUCUGGGCAGGGCGGGCUCAGCGGGGCAGAGAAGCCCUUUGAUGCCAUGAAUAACAUUGUGGCUAACCUGUUGCUCAAUAUUACCAGCUCAGCUCGUUUUGAGGGAUCGCUCAACAUGGAUCUGAAUGAGAUUGCCAUGAAUCUGGUCCCCUUCCCUCAUUUACACUACCUGGUGCCCAGCCUCACCCCUCUCUACACAUUGGCAGAUGUCAGUGUCCCCACCAGAAGACUGGAUCAGAUGUUCAGUGAUGCCUUCAGUAAAGACCACCAGCUAAUCCGAGCUGACCCGAAGCGCAGCCUCUACCUGGCCUGCGCCCUCAUGGUCAGGGGCGACGUGCAGGUGUCCGACCUCCGCAGGAACAUCGAGAGACUCAAGCCUUUGCUGCCCUUUGUCUCAUGGAACCAGGAAGGCUGGAAGACGGGCCUGUGUUCAGUGCCUCCUGUGGGCCACUCCCACUGCCUGUUAGCCCUGGCUAACAACACCUGUGUGAAGCCCACAUUCAUGGAGCUGAGAGAACGCUUUACCAAGCUCUACAGGAAGAAGGCUCACUUACACCACUACCUGCAUGUAGAAGGGAUGGAGCAGAGCUUCUUCUCAGAGGCCAUCAACUCUCUCAGCUCACUGAUUGAAGAGUACCACCAUCUGGAUGCCACCAAGGGGAGACUCAUGCCCGACGCACCCAGACUCAGCAUCGCCAGAUGAAGAUUUCUUGAGGCACAUCACCACUGCUGAGGAGAAAAACCAAAGUACGCAUAUGUUUCAGUCCUGAGUCUGUCACAGCAGGGCUCGUAUCCUGUGUCUUUGUCUCUGGACUUCUUGGACGGAUCCGUUAGAGUAACCGCAGGUCAGAAAACAUGUCACCUGGAUCAUUGCACUUCCUCUGGCACACGCAGGACAUUAUCCACUGCAUCUUCCACUGUAUGGAGCCUCCCUUGCACGUGAAGUUGACCUUGAUCAUGCGUGACUUGUUGGGGACACAGCAGCGCUUGUCCGUACAGACGCCGCAGUACGUGGGCUUAAACUUCUUGGUACUGGUGCAGCCCGAGAGUGUGAGCAUCUCCGCUUUCUUUGCUUGGAAUUUAGGACGGCAUGUCUUUCCUUUUGGCACCUAAUGAGGGGAAAACAGUGAUUUUAUUGGUACAUUUUCUGAUUUUAUAUAAAACUGGGUCAAUACUUGAAUAGAAUUUGACUAACUUGUCACCUUAACACCGUUUAUCACGCUUUUCUCACACGGCCGCAGUAGACACAGGCGUCUGUCCUUCCUCAUCUCACAUUUGCUGUUGUCGUUGUUGACACGCACAGAGAUGCCCAGGCCGCAGGUUUUGGAGCAGGGGCUCCAAGGGGUGGUCUGGAUCAGACAGUUCUUCUUCCAGGCUAAAGGAGGAUCCCUGUAAGCUUUCAGUAUUACAGUUAAAGGGCACUGUGUCAACAACACCCUACACAAAGAACUAGUCUGCGUGCCACCGUACUGCCAAGCAGAGCACAGAUCAGAAUCAACCGAAAGACCCCAGAUACCUGGUCUCACCCACCACAAGGGAAUUCAUUUUCUGCCACCAGUUGUAUCAGCUCCUAAAAAUGUCUCCUUUAAGCUGUACUUACACAACUUAGUACUGUAGCUAUACCAGACCAAUUGCUUUUCAACGAAAGCCUACAUUGCAGCACCAGAUCAUUUUAGACAUCCCAAAAAGGUUUCAGUUUCCUUGUGUGGAGCUCAGCUUGUGAAUUUUAAAUCAAAACAAUGUGCUCUGUUUUUCCACAGUGACAAAUUAAAUUAGUGUUUCCCUCAAUCAGACACAUCAUGAUAUAAAUACGGUUCAUGCCAAGCGAAGCAAACAAACUACACAGCUACAUCAACGUGGAAUCUUUGGUGCUUUUAAUAAAAUGAGUUGUCCCUC